CAAAGUAUACAAAUUAUGGAGAAACUUUACAACCAUAGCAAAGUUAAUGAAAUUAUACUAUCUGGGUUUCCAAGUCUCGAACAUUUUCACGUUUUACUCUUCGUGGUUCUUCUGAUCAUUUAUCUGUUCAUCAUCACUGGCAAUUGUUUAAUUAUUUUAGUUAUUCAGAACGUGCCCAGCCUACACUAUCCCAUGUAUUUCUUCAUUGGGGCUUUAUCGUGUCUGGAGAUUUGUUAUACAGCAGUCACAAUUCCAAAAAUGCUGGCCGACCUACUGGAUAAAGAGAAGAAAAUCUCCUUCACUGGGUGUCUACUACAAGCCUACUUCCUACAUGUUUUUGGAGCUGCAGAAUGUUAUAUCCUUACCAUAAUGGCUUAUGAUAGGUAUUUGGCCAUCUGUAAACCGCUACAAUACUCAUCUAUUAUGUCAGCUAGGCUUUAUAUCAGCCUAGUUAGUGCUUGUGUUAUUGGUGGAUUUAUGAGCCCUGUGCUUGAAGCUAUCUUAAUAUCUCUUCUACCUUAUUGUGGUUCAAAUCUUGUAGAAAAUGUGUUCUGUGACUUCCCCCCAUUGAUCUCAUUAGCUUGUACCGAUACAAAGAUGUACAUACUGGUUGAGUUUGUGGUCAGCUCUUUCAUCAUCCUUUUAAGUUUUGCCUUUGUUCUACUAUCUUACAUCAGAGUAAUACUUGUUAUAAUAAAGAUCAAGUCCAAAGAUGGGCGUCAGAAGACAUUCUCGACUUGUGGGGCCCAUCUCAUUGUUGUCAGUCUAUUCUUUGGCAGCAUUAGCUUUAUGUACUUACGUAUUACAAAAAGUGCCUCUGUAGACUAUGAUAGAGCUGUAGGUCUUACUUAUGCUGUUUUUACCCCUUUAGCUAACCCUAUCAUAUACGGCUUGAGAAAUCAUGAUAUUAAAACAUUUUUGCUCAGACGUGUACAAUCUCAGAAUUUUUUUCAAAUUCUGAUUUCAAAAUAUUUUAAAUUAAGUCUAUAA